AGCAGGUUUGUUUGUUUUGUUUUGUUUUUAACCCUCCUGUCUGGUCUAAGAGUUCAAAUGCUUUCUCUGAACGGUGGGCAGGUGAUAUCCCCAAGCAAAGAGACCACUCUGCGGCUGCCAGACCGCAGGCAUUUGGCUGAGGUCUUGGAGAAGAUGCUCUGAAUAUUCCAGAUAAGGUUCUUUUAAAGAGUCAUUGCUGAAAAUAAUGUUGGAUCCUGCCUCGGGGUCCUGCCGGGGACACCCGGCUGCCCGGAGCCCUAGGAGGGGAAGUUUCGUAUCAGGUCUCACCUGGCAGGAAGUGAGCCCCCAGUGGAAAAUACACGAGCGUACCGGCCUCCGGUCUCCCCUCAGCCAACCUGAGCAAACGGAAGGAAGAUCGGAUGGCCCAGCCUGGCAGGACAAGGAGAUUCCAGCCUCAGGGCCCAAGAACGGAUUUCCUGUUGAGAGGAAGCUGGGUUAACCCAAGCUCUGAUUCACCUUCCUUGAGAUCUGGCAUCGGAAAGAGCCCCGUGGAACCUCUGUCGCCAGCUGAGCCUCAGUCUCUCCUUCUGCAAUACUGGUGGAAAAUCUCCCCGCACAUGCCCACACCUCCCUGUGCUGGAGAUCAUUUGCAGGAGAGGAAAGACGUGAAGAUCUUCCGAGCCCUGAUCCUGGGGGAGCUGGAGAAGGGGCAGAGUCAGUUCCAGGCACUCUGCUUUGUCACCCGGCUGCACCACAAUGAGAUCAUCCCCAGCGAGGCCAUGGCCAAGCUUCGACAGAAGAACCCUCGGGCAGUGCGGCAGGCUGAGGAGGUGCGGGGCCUAGAGCACCUGCACAUGGACAUCGCCGUCAACUUCAGCCAGGGGGGCCUGCUGAGCCCCCAUCUCCGCAACGUGUGUGCCGAGGCCGUGGAUACCAUCUACGCCCGCCGGGAGGACGUCCGCUUCUGGCUGGAGCAAGGUGUGGACAGCUCCGUGUUUGAGGCUCUGCCGGAGGCCUCGGAGCAGGUGCACCUGUCCCGCUGCGGGCAGGUGGGGGAUGGCGGGAAGCCCUGUGUCUGCCGCUACGGCCUGAGCCUGGCCUGGUACCCCUGCAUGCUCAAGUACUGCCACAGCCGUGACCGGCCGACCCCCUACAAGUGCGGCAUCCGCAGCUGCCAGAAAAACUACAGCUUCGACUUCUAUGUGCCCCAGCGGCAGCUGUGUCUCUGGGAUGAGGACCCCUAGCUGGGCUGGGGUGAAAGGGGGCCGUCUCUGAGUUCGCUGCUCUGGGUCCACCGCCCUUCCCCCAGCCACUGGAGGGGGUGGCUGCCCCCCACUGAGGCCUUAUCUCCCUUCUCUUCCCUUGAUCCCGGAGCCUCUGGCCCCAUCACUCAAGACUGUGAAAAGGGGUGUGGCGUGGCAGGGGUUAACUCAUGAAGGCAGCCCCCACUCCCACCCUGUGCCUCCCUUGGGGACAGAGAGAAGGGGGUUCUCCAGAUGUGUCCCCCUCCCCUUCAUCUCCCCUGAAGUGUUCUCUUUCAAGCAAACAAAAUGUGAUGGCCCGUGAUUCUGUUGAACUCUUUGAAGGUUUAGACCCUAAAAGGUGUCUGUGCCUGUUCCACCGACCUCCCCCCUGGCCCCCCCCCACACACACACGCACCCCCACUCCCCCAUCUGGAAGGAGCUGGCCCCUCUGCACCAUCAAAUGCCCAACGAGGAGGGGACCACGUCCCAGCGAGGGGGCCGUCGGGGACCAUUGCCAUAGCCCCUCCGCCAGAUCACAGUGCAUUCUGCUCAUUGCUGUCCUCCCAACACUGGGGCAGGUGAGGGCCUCCCAGCCCGGACACAAACCACAUGUGCCUUUCCCCAGACCCAGACUCUGUUGGGAGAGCAGGCCCCAGCUUCCCUCCUCGAGACAGAAAUAUUUUUUGUAAAGUUCUGGGGCGGGGGGGAGCACGAAGUAUGAGGAAAACUUGAAUUCCAGAUUUUUAAUGCAAAGUAUUUAUCAUUUGUACCAGAAAUAAAAGUUUAAAUUUUUAUUUGA